AUGCAUGAUCAAUGGUAUUUCGCGAGUGAACAAAUACCCGAUGGAUUGUAUUUAAUUGAAGCGAUUCAUUCAGGAAAAUUCAUUACAUUCACACCUGAACGUUCAACUUUAGUCCAACAAGAUCAAAAUUUACAGAAUGAUGGAGAAACUCAAGUCUUUGAAAUUCAACAUAUCGGCUACCAUGAAUACAUCAUUCGGCAUCAUUUAACGGGUCUCGUUCUCACCGUCCAUAAUGGUUCACCCACUCCAUGUGCUCCGAUAGUACUUUGCCGUUCGAUGGGUGUUCGCACACCUUAUCAGACUGUUACAUUUGAACGCGUGAAUCAUCAAUCCGAUGAUUAUCUUAUCUUUUUAAAACAUACGCGGAUGGUUAUUGAUAUUGAUGGAGGAAGUCAAAGUUCCAAUGCUCGUCUUCUUCAAUUUCCUCAAAAGAAAACGAAUACUUUCGAACAAUUUAAUCAACGCUUUCGUCUCCAUCAUUUUCCUGAACAGACAAGUCCACAAUUGUCCAUUCCGAUUCCGCCGGAAUAUUUUCGAUGA